AUGUCAUGUCAUGAGCUAAAUGAGCAAAAUGAGGCAGAUGACGACGAGUUCGAGAAUCAACAUAAAUUGAAUCUGGAGGAGAAAGAGACGGUGAAUUUGGGAGAUUCAGAAUGUGUCAAAGAGGUUAAGAUCAGCACUCACCUGAAUGAAACUCAGAAGGAGAGCCUGGUUCAUUUGCUUACUGAAUACAGUGAUGUGUUUGUUUGGGAAGUCAGUGAUAUGCAGGGUUUGAGUACUGAUGUCGUAUCUCAUAAGCUACCUAUCAACCCAGGGUUCGAGCCGGUGAAACAAAAGACUCGGAAAUUUAAGCCUGAAUUGAAUUUGAAGAUUAAGGAAGAAAUCACCAAGCAGAUAGAGUCUCGAUUGGUAGAAGUAACGCAAUAUCCAACCUGGGUAAUGCCGUUCGGCCUCAAGAACGCCGGUGCCACUUACAUGAGAGGUAUGACGACUAUUUUUCAUGACAUGAUUCACAAAGAAAUUGAAGUGUACAUGGACGACGUCAUAAUCAAAUCCCGCGAGAGUUCGGAUUAUUUGACACAACUAAGAAAAUUCUUUGAACGUUUGCGUCGGUACAACUUGAAGCUAAAUCCCGCCAAAUGUGCUUUUGGAGUCUCAGCAGGGAAGUUGUUGGGGUUUAUAGUCAGCAGAAGAGUUAUUGAGCUCGACCCUUCCAAGAUUAAAGCGAUUCAAGAGUUACCUCUGCCGAAAAUGAGAAAAGAGGUGAUGAGUUUCUUGGGGAGGUUAAACUAUAUCAGCGGGUUUAUAGCACAAUCAAUAGUGCACGACGAGACAGGAAUGAAGGAAAAGGCUAUCUACUACAUAAGCAAGAAAUUUACUCCGUACGAGUCUCGAAUGGACCCGUUGAAGUACAUUUUCCAGAAAGCGAUGUCGACCGAGAAGUUAGCUAAAUGGCAAAUGCUGUUGGGUGAGUUUGAUAUCGUGUACGUGAAUCAGAAUGCAAUAAAAGCACAAGUUUUGGCUGAUUAUCUUGCGGAAAAUCCCAUUGACGAAGAAUUAUUCUUUGAAGGAGCGGCGAAUCACCAAGGUAAAGGUGUUGGAGCAGUCUUGGUAUCAGAAUCUGGUCAGCACUAUCCUAUGGCAGCUAAACUGCGAUUCAACUGCACAAACAACAUGGCCGAAUACGAAGUUGUAUUCUUGGUUUGA